CCGUCCGUCCGCGCCGCGCGCCGCCGCCGCCGCCAUGGUGCGCUUCAAGAACAGGUACGUGCUCUGCGAGGUGAUCUCGGAGGACCCGCGGUGCCGGCAGUGCAUCGAGGACCGCGUGCUGGGCCUCGCCGUCAGAGACGCCAUCACACGGGUGCACGGGGAUUACGGCCUGGCGUGCUGCUCCAUCUCCUUCACAGUGAAGUACCUGAACGCCUACACCGGGACGGUGCUGCUGCGCUGCCGCAAGGACUCGUACCGGCUGCUGUGCUCCGCGCUGCCCUUCGUGCGGCACCUGGAGAGCCGCGGGCAGCGCUACCCCUGCUCCCUCAACACCCUGCACGUCGGAGGUCAGCAGCGCCCGGGCGCGGGGGGAGGACGGAGCUUUAAUCACACCGGCCAUGAUGCUGCUCUGGGUACCAUAAGAACAUGUCAGAAAUUCCUGAUUCAGUAUAACAGAACACAGCUGCUGAGGUUGUUGCAAAACUGUACAAAUGAAGAGGAAAGACAAUGUAUACAGAAGUCCUUGUUGAGCUGUUCCCUUACAGAAGAGCAGUCUGAAAGUGGAGAUGAGGAGGAUGACGAUGGCACAGAGACAGACUGAAUGUCACUGGUUACUGUUCACCUCUAUUCUGUGCUUGUUUACUCAUGAUGUGACUGGUUAUCUUCAGUGUUAAGCGGUGCAGGGGACUGGAAAAGCAUUUGUUCAUAUUUAGACUUCAUUCCCCAUUCCAAACGUUUUUAAAUUUACAAAAAAAAUAAAACAUUAUUUCACUUAA